AUGAAGAGGUCGAAAAAGUACCUAAAAUCGGAAUCUGGAUAUCUUAUGGGGAGUGCAUGUAUAAAUUAUCAAGUAUUUUCUUCGAAUAUGCCAAUGCCAACUGCUGUUGAACGUGCCAAAGACAUGACCAAUAUAGAAGAUUUAGUUGUUGUUGUAGGGCAUAGCCGUCAUUC